AUGAAUAUUUCCGAAAAGAGUGAGCAAAUCAGAUAAACUUAAUCCCUUUUAGAUAUUAUAACUAAAGCAGAAAUAAAAGAUGCUUCUGAAUGGUAUUCAAUUUUCAUUGAAAUUGUGAAAAAAUUCCAAAAGUUCUUUAAAUUGAAAAGAAUUUAAAUAAUUUUAAACAGAUUUUACAAUUUUGUUCCCAAUUUUAGAAUUAAAUUGAAAAUUACUCUGAAGUUAUUUUUUCUAUUAAAAGCUCUUAAAAGUAAUUCCAAAACUUUAGGAGAAUAUAGAUUAAAUGGUUAAAAAUCAAAAGGAAAAAACGUAAAGGGAAUACCAAAUUGCAACUUUUUCAUCUUAAAAGGAAUAAUUAUUGUAAACUUUUAUUAUUUUGAACCUUUGGUAAAAAAAUGUUAAGCUCGUGAUUAAUACUAUGUACAAAUGGAGUUAUAAAAAAAAGUGAAAAGAUAAGAAGAUCAUUAUUACCACCUAGAAAAUGAAUUGAGAGAGAUUGAAAUUCGAAAUUAAAUUAAAGAUUUUUUAAAUUUCUUGUGGUUGAUGAAUACCAUAUUUGAUUUUUGA